AUGGGGUACCUUCGCAGGCAGCCGUUAAACACCUUGUGUUUUGCGGAGUUAUCCCAAUCAUCUGCCAAUGUGUUGAGGCUACGACGUUUGCCAGCUCUUAGUCUGCCGAAGUCCUGCUCUCGGAAGCGGUUGCUCCACACCUCGAGGUUUGUGAGAACCACACAAUUUGCUUUUGGAGCUCGGCAUAAAAGCUGCCGUAUCUCAUCGGGGCGAAUAGCAAAAGCUUUACGUUCAUCAUUAACCGGUCAGCAGAAACAUCGAGUAAGUAGUCGUGCCGAUGUCAAUUCAACUGAUCGACCUUUGUUAAACCUUAAGCAAAUCGUUACCCCACGAACAGGGCAGAAUGACCUUAUCAGUGGUGGUCCUUUCGUGGAUAACCUGUUUGAAAAGCCCCUCGCUCUUAGAGUUACUGAUGAGAUGACUAUGACCAUUUUCCAGCCGUUUAUCGUGCCAGAGACCACCUCAUCUCCGAUUAAAAGGGCGUUCACCAGCUCUUGUCGUCAUGACAGUGAUUUAGGUGAUGUGGCACACCCUCUCACACGCAGCAUUGGAAAGUCCAGCGUGGUAUCUUCUUUUGAUCUUACUUACUCUCUGGAUGAGGGUGAGUACACUGUGUCAUUUAGAGGGCUUCAUCCAGAGUUUGGCCACUUUCCUAACUCUUAUUGAGUCCCUAAAUCCUCAAGUAGUCUCGAAUGCUCUUUAUAUUAGUUUCACAACAACGGACGUUUUGCAUUAGCUUAAUGUCAGCAGAACUAAAUCCUAAGCCAAUACUAGUUUUUGUGACAUAAAGUUUUGCUACGUUUCGUCCUCUGCUCUCUGCUCAGUCAAUUCCAGUCAUAAAAUAUAUAUUGCCAAUAUAUCUCUAAGGGCCAAGUACUUUUUUGAAACAGGCAGUUCAACAUGUUAUCAUACUAGUGAAGGUGCUUCAGUUAAUUGUUUUUUUCAAUUUAUUUUCUAAUCAAGUUCACGACGUACGCCAACAAACUGAUUACCACGAGCCGCGUGGUAUUCGUCGCAAUCGAUAACAGUUUUAUCUAGUAGAUGAUGUCAUCAUCAAAUCUGCCACUUUAUCUUUGAAUAUAUUGGCAGCAGUCGCCCGAUAGGAAGGCAGUUUCGGAGCUGAGCUUUGUACUAAAGUUCUUUAGGAUUUUUUUUUUAACAAGGGCAAGGAAGGAUUACUUGAAUUUAGCAAGUGACUUCCUCCUCAUUGUUAUCCGACUACGAAAAAAAUUGCGAAGUCCAGGUCAAAUAGCGCUCGUUUUAAGAUGCCUACGCUUUUCUAUCUUCGUACAGUCUGGAAUUUUGGUAUUGGACUGAGUGCGAAUUAUCAUCAUUUUCGAUCUCACGCUUUUAACAUGCAAUCCAUUAAGUCUUUCGAUACUCUGGAAUAACGGAACUUCGCCUAUUUUGCCCUUUAUACCUGUAUACGAACCAUUGAUAUAUGUUUGAUUUUUUUUAUUAUUUAUACUAACAUUAUUUGCCGUAUUUGUAGACUGAUAGCUAAAGAUUCCUUAUUUCUCCAUGAACUUCAUAACACAUCUCUCCGACAGAAACUCGCGCCCAGUCCCAAGUGACAGUAGCGGCCCAACAGCGAGCAGAAGCUGCGUAUAGACGACAGCGCAUGGCACAGGAAAGAGAGCAGACUGCUGUUUUACGGGCUGAAAUGGAGGUUGAGCGGGCUCGCAUGCUGAAGGAAAUGACUGGUGGAAGCAGAAGACCUUCAUACUGUUUAGAACUAGAAAAUCUGAAGGAAGAGGCACCCGAUGAUGGUGGGUUUUUUUCAUAUUUGAAGUAGUAUCGUCACCAGUUACAGACAUUUUUAUUUGAUCUUAAAAAACUUUCGCCUUUCUUUUACCCAAUCCGUUACAAAAAUUAGUUAAUCACUGGAAGAGGCAGUGAUGGCGGUGGUGCUUUUUUUUUUUUAAUUCCAACAGCAUCAUUGCCAAUUAGAGGAAAAAAAAACAGGAAAGAAAGCCAAUCGUGAUUUAAUCACACCACUCCUGUCGUUUUCCCGGGCUGCAAGCGAAUUAACAGGGAUUUACUUUGAAUUCUCAUUCGCUGUUUGUGAUAUUAAGUUAUUUCUGAUUGGCUGUAGCGAUUUAUUUCAAAUUUGGUUCUAAGUGCUCCAUCGAAAUGUGCUCUACCUCUGCCAAAGUAGAGAAACCAAGCUUUUGCUACACUCCUCAUCCAUGUUACAGAAGACGUUUUCUUUUACUCUUCAAACGCGUAAAUCUGCCUAAUAUUCAUUUUGAGCAAGCUUUUCAACCGUUUCUUCCCCAAUUUUACACGGAAAGUAGUUUUGUCGCAAGAAAUUGGUAAUACAUUUCCCAAAUUGCUCGUAGGACGCUUGAGUAAAAACCCGGUUCAGCUUCACGCCGCUUCUCUCCUUGCAUACAAAUAUCGCUGUAGUGGCCCAGAGGUUAUAAUUUGUUUUUACUUAAGAAUCGGCUGUAUCAUCUCUUUGAUUGCAGUGCGUAAAAACCUGGAGGAAUGUCUUAAAGAUUAUUCCAUCAUUGAGGAAAGAAAUGCACGAAAUUCGCUACCCAAUGAAUACCCAAAGUCUGCAUUAAUAAUGAGAAGUGAAUCAAGGGAUGAGACAGAUGCUGACCAAAAUACUCGACAUCAAGCACAAGAGAGCGACGAAAAUGGAAAUUUGGAGAGACGGAGUAGUACAGAGGAGAGCAGUAAUAAAGAACUUCGUCUUACCGUUGAAAAACAGCCUUCGUUGCAAACUGGAAAAGAUGACUUACCUCAAGCGUUCCUUAGCAGUGUUCACAUUAAGGAAAACGAACAGACCCGAGGAUAUUCGGGUGAUGAAAAGCCCCGACGACGCUCGGGAGUGGAUCAGAUCCUGGCUCUGAGAGGUAACAACGCGAAAACCAUGGAAGAAACCUCCCAAGAAAUCGAUGGAUCACACAAACUAAAGAGAAGUGAAGAAGUAUCGGCUGUUCACGAUUCAGAUACAAGUCAGGAUCAAACUUUUGGAAAAAGAGUGGACGAUUUUAGAGAUGUUACGGCGAUCACUAAGGAUGAUUCCGCGGCUAUGAGUGGUGAAAAUUUAACGGCGCAGGAUGAUACUACUAAGAUAACGAGUCCUGAUGGAUCAGUUCCAACAGAACAGAUACCUAAUGAUGUAAACUAUGCUAGUAGUGGCACUCAUUCGGUCGCAGUUACUGAAAAUUGGAACAAAGAGCAUACAAGCAUAGAAACCAAAGACACGAGCGAUGAAGGCGAACAUCAUCAACAAGAAGAAAGCGAAAACGCCGCAAACGGUACUGAACAGAGUCAAACAAUGAUCAAGGCGUCCACAGGUCUGGAUCCGGAGAAAAUGAAGAACAGUCAUGCGGACAUUGCGAGUGAGAAUGGUGAUGGUAAGGUGGCGACAGAAAAUGAUAAAAAUGAACAGUUUGAUCAGCUACGAGAGACCACACUUGAAGGAAAAUUAACAUCAUAAAACAAUAGCUGGAAGAACAUAACCUUCUUGGUCGCCCGAAUCUUAUGCCUGCUUAGUUAAGAGAAGGACAACAAGUUUCUCAGAACAGGAAGUAGUAAAAGAAAAGUGACACCCCUACAAACUUCUCACCUUCUCUAAGUUGCCGUCUACGGUUAUUACGAAUGAAAUAUUUGAAGAGGCUUGACGACUAGGAGUCGAUCAUUUAAAAAGCCGUUAGCGUUAAUCUAAAACAACUGAACAUUCUUAACUCGGUUUUGAUUUCUCUUGUAUGAAAAUGUACAUACGUAAGGGCUAACGUUCUCUGGAAUUUUAUCUUAGUGUAGAUCAAACCUGAAGAAAGCAAAGUGUAGCAGGGCUCGAGAAGUGUGCCAAAAAUGUAUUUUAAUCACUGGUUAGAUUAACUGUAUUUUGAACAAAACCAUUUCAGAUAUCUCACUGCGAACAGGCCGUUAUAGCCCUGUGGGAAGACAAUUUCAUAAGAUAAAUACGUAGAGAUAACUCGUUAACAUGAAGGAAAAGAGGAAAUUAAAUGAUUAGAACAUUGAAACGAGGUUCCACUUCGUUGCGAAGAAUGUAAAGGAUAUUUGUACAUUUAAAUUUCCGAGCAGUUGAGAGAAAUUUCUCGUUAGCUUUUCUAGAGAUAUGAUGUAUUAAACAACUAAAAAAAAACUCCUGGCUGCUAGAAUUUUGCACUGACUUCAUGUAAUGAAAAUUGGAAGGAUUAUAUGAUUACAUGAG